UUUUCAUCAGUAGUACUGACAUCAUUGCAUAUUGAAUUGAUCUUGUUUUAUCAUCAAACAAUUUGUUUGGGGUUUUUUUAAUACGGAAAAGUUUGCGUGUAUAGUCUGACAGGGUUAAUUUUGGCAUGACUUUGAUGUGGAAUUGAAUAAAUUGGAGAUAAUUGGUGCUCAAGAUGUCUGUAGAUGACACCAGUGAAGUUCUUGAAGAAAUCAGCCAGCUUGAAGAACAGGAGGAAAUAAAUGAAAUUUCUCAAAAUACAAAUGCCCACAAUGAAGAGUUGACUCAAAUCAAUGAACCUUUAUACAUUUGUCAAGAUUGUGGCUGGAUUUACAAAACUCCAAUCACCUUUCAACGACAUCUUGUAAAGAGCAGUGGCGAAAAAUACACAUGUGACCUUUGCGAUGAAACUUUCAAUGCUCAAUGUGGUCUGAAACCGCAUAUGGACACAGUGCAUAAACCAAUGCUUCGUUACGCAUGUGAAAAUUGUGGCAGUUUGUUUAAGAAAAAGCACAGUCUGAAUAAUCAUUUAAGUGGCGUGAAAAGCGACACUCCAUUUCAGUGUAACAUGUGUCCUCUGUCAUUUAAUAUCAGAAAUUGCCUUAAUGCCCAUGUCAAGGUUCACGUUGCAGAAAAACUCCAAAGUUAUAAGACGGAUGAUGGUGAACUGAAAUUACCCGUAUUAGAUGAUGACAGUGAGAAACCAUUUAAAUGUGCUGUUUGUGCAAGAUCAUUUAACACGGCUAACCAAUUGGAGGAUCACGUUCCGGUUCAUUCUGGAGAACGUCCAUUUGCUUGUGAUCAUUGCUCCAUGACAUUCCAAAAAAGUUCUAGUCUGAAGAAACAUUUGAUGCUGCACACGGGUGAAAAGGCCCAUGAAUGCGAAUUCUGUUCAAUGAAAUUUGUCGAGAAAAUUGCCUUAAUAUCACACCGACGAAUUCACAAAGGGGAGAAACGAAAUACAUGUGAAUUUUGUGGACGUUCAUUUCGUACGAGCAGUCUGCUGGCAGUGCACAUCAGAUCUCACACGGGAGAAAAACCAUACGAAUGUGAAUUAUGUAAUAAAGCCUUCAGCACAAAAUCCACUCGCAAGUCGCAUAUUUUAACCCAUGGAGGAGAGAAACCCCAUCAGUGCCACUUGUGCCCAAAAUCUUUUACAACGGAUUUCAGCAUGCGACGUCACCUCGAGUCUCAUUAUAGGGAGGUCAAGUACCACCACUGCGAGGUCUGUAGUAUGCAGUUUACAAACAGAUCCGAACUGAAGAUCCACAAAGCAAGUCAUGCAGGUCAUCCAUGUUAUAAAUGCAACCAAUGUGAUAAAUCCUUCUAUAGUCGACCCGCACGACAGAGACAUUUGAAAAUUCACGAUGCACCAGAUGCCUAUAAAUGCGAAAUCUGCGAUAAAAAAUUUACGUAUGAAUCGUAUUUGCACAAACAUGAAUUAAGCCACAUGGAGGAACGGCCCUUUGAAUGUCACAUCUGCAACAAAACAUUCAACCGUAAGGACGUGUUAAAACUUCACAUGAAACGACAUACAGAAGACCGUCCCUUUAAAUGCGAUGCUUGUGAUGCGACUUACAUACGACGGAUCGAUCUCACCACUCACAGAAGAAUCCACACCGGAGAAAAACCUUAUAAAUGUGAUGUUUGUGACAAAUCAUUUGCACUAAAUGCUUACUUAAACAGCCAUAUCAAAAUUCAUUUGGAGGAAAAACCCUAUAAAUGUGAUGAUUGUAGUAAAUCAUUUACAUGUAGUAACAGCUUAAAGGAACACCUUAAGGUUCAUACUGGCGAUAGACCUUAUAAAUGUGUGGACUGCGAGAAGACAUACACCAAGAAAAGUUCCUUACAGUGUCAUCGCGAUAUGCAUCACACCAAGACUAAACACAGUCUCUUUAAAUGUGAUGUUUGUAGUAAAUCAUUUUGUGACAGGAAAACUCUUAACAGACAUUCUAAAAUACACAACAAUAAACAAAUGCUUGAGAAGACCCCAAUGAAAGAGGAGCCAGUGGAAGAUAUUUCCAGUCCCUCUACAACGGAAAACUCUUAGCUAGGUGAACCUGUUGAUGGUAACAAGUGGUGCGCCCCCACCCAACCCAUUUCUAUAUGACAGACUUAAAAAUGAUUGCAUGCACUUUGAAUGCUUAAAGAACGUAAAGCUUUUAACUCAAUAUUAUCCAGUCUUCAACAUUACAAAUACAAAUUAUUUUCAUUUCAA